AUUAAUUCUUAAUGUUCAUGCCUUAUAUUCUAUGCUCUAGAACUGCUAUAUGUGAAGCCUAAAAGUUGUUUUCUUUCUUUCUCAUCUUUCUCUGAACUUUUGAAACAAAAAUGAAGAAGUCUGCAACUUUUGAAAAUCUUCCUCAUUAUAGUAAUAAGAACGGAACAAGUAGUGUUGUGAAUAUAGGAAGAUUAGUGUUGUUUUUGGUUUGUGUAAUUGGUCUUACCUGGCUUUUAACCAUUUUCGUUCUCGAUUCACCAAAUCCUUUUCAUAAAUUCAUGUCUAAACGGAGUUAUCCAAGGAUCAAGAGCGAUGAAUUGAAUUUAGAGAAAUACUACAGUUCCAUUGAUCAAAUUACUCCAGUCAUCCAUCCUCAAAACGAGAAUGUUGAAAACAAGUGUGACUUGUUUAAAGGCCGAUGGGUUCCGGACCUUAACGGACCAUCGUAUACGAAUUGGAGUUGUCCGACUAUACCAGACUAUAGGAAUUGUAUCAAAUUUGGAAGGAAAGAUACAGAUUAUAUGAAUUGGAGAUGGAAACCGGAUGAAUGUGAGCUCCCAAGAUUUAACUCCAAAACAUUCUUAAAGAUAGUUCAAGGGAAAAAGCUAGCGCUCAUUGGCGAUUCCCUUGCUAGAAACCAAUUUGAUUCACUCCUUUGUCUCCUAUCUCAAGGCGAAACUCCAACGGAGAUCAAGGACGUUGAAGAACCUUUUAGGACGUUUUACUUUCCUUCUCAUAAUUUCACCCUCAUGGUCUUCUGGACAAAGUUCUUGGUUGCUAGCGAAGAGCGAGGAAAUUCAACUAUAUCACCCGUGUUUAAUAUACACCUCGACAAGAUUGACGUUAACUGGGCUGACAAACUGCCUGAUCUAGAUUAUGCUAUCAUUUCUGCUUCUCACUGGUACAUCCGAGAAAAUUACUUAUAUGAAGGAGGUAAGCUGAUAGGAUGUAUCUACUGCAAAGAUCCAGGCGUUCAUGAUUAUGGACUUCCUUUUGCCCUUCAAAAGGCUUUUGGAACGACACUUAAGUACAUUAGUGAGUGUAAGGAGUGUCGCAAGGACUUGCUUACACUAGUACGAACAUUUUCACCAGCACAUUUUGAGUAUGGGACUUGGAGUACCGGAGGAAAAUGCAAUAGAACAAGUCCUAUCACUGAAGAACAGGUGGAUAUUGAAGGUACCAAAUAUGAAAGGGAAAUAAGGGAUGUUCAAAUAAAAGAGUUCGAUAAUAUUAAGAAAACAACAAAUGGAAUAAUGUUUAAGAGUUUAGAUAUAACCAAGGCUAUGAUAAUGAGACCGGAUGGACAUCCAGGGAAUAGUUGGAAAGAUCGAUGGACGGAUGGUAAAAACAGAACCGAUUGUGUCCAUUGGUGUUUGCCCGGGCCAAUCGAUGCGUGGAAUGACUUUUUGAUGGCUGUGUUGUAGAAGAAUGGCUCUUCUAGGCUUUAAGAAAAAUUUAGAGGCUUCAUUUAUCAUUUGGUGAUUUUUUUUUAAUGGAAUUUGUCUACUGUCGGUAGUAGACAAAAGCAAUAUGUAACGUACUGUUCAGUUUCCAAAGCCAAAUGUAUGUUAUUCAUUAAAAAUUAGUUUCCAUGCUCAGCGGUAUCACUGGACUACUGUUG